CCAUUAGAACGAAGUGCAAAAGCACCAAGCUCUUUCCAAAGAUGGUAGAAGGAAUAAUUCACGGCGUUCCUCUGUCGGUGGUUGAUGGCAAUCUUCAAAGACAUGGCGAGAGAGGGAACGGGAACCACAAUUGCCAUGAGGAAGACGACAACGACUGCUUUGGAGUUCAUCGUGUCGCGAAGAAACUCCGGUUUCCACCAACAACUCGGGGGGAACACAGGACCAAUCCCUUGACAAAAAUAGGAAAUGCAACGAACGACGAAAGCGCGAAACGAAGUUUCUCCCCUCCUCCUCUUCGGUGGUGGUUCAGUCGACAACACCACCAGCAAGAGCAGCAGCAACAACAAGAGCGCUCUUUGCAGCCUGUUACCCCAGAUGGUGCACCGGCAUCGACUCCGGGGAUGGUCCUGAGCGAACACCUCGGAAACACCGCCGAUGUGGUGGAAUCUCUCACCCACGACGUGAAGAACUGGAGCCUGACGAGACUCCCGGCGCCAUCGCUCGCGAACGAUGGUGUUGCUGGUGCCCCGAUCGGCCGAAAAGAGAAACAACAGCGCUGCAGGGAGGCCCGACACCGGGUCCGAGCGGCACAGCGACGGUACCUCGAAGAACAGCGGCGUCUUUCGAAAAGGCCCGGCCCCGGUUGAGAACGGGAUCGAACGACGGCAGAUUGGAACUCCCUGCAAGGCGGUGACAGGGACUGGAUGCGAAGCUUGGAAACACCGGUGAUGCCGUGGGGAUGUUGCUCGGCUGGCAGGCCGAAAAAUCCAACCAAUCGGCAACUCUCGUCGACCGCACCACCCCAAAAAGCCACAAAAUUCGUCCCAGCUCUCGACAGGCCGUUGGAUCAUCAUCUUCUCUGUCUACUACGGCUAACCACGCGUACCAUCAUCGUACAAUAAACGAGAAGCGCAUGG